AUGAAGAAUUAUUUCACCAUGAUCCUGCAGAGCCUUAUAAACAAACCCAAAGACAAGAGCCAGCCCUGUGAAAAAUAUUCCUCUAAAUCCUGGAACAGAAAGAAAGAUAAAGUUAUCCUGAAGAAGACAAUAUUAACCGUGUUUCUAAGCAACAAUGAACAAAUAUUAACUGAAGUCCCAAUAACACCGGAGACAACGUGCCGAGAUGUGGUGGAGUUCUGCAAGGAGCCGGGGGAAGGGGCGUGUCACCUGGUGGAAGUUUGGCGAGGCAAUGAACGCCCUCUGCCUCUGGAUCACCUGAUGUUUGAUCACUUGCAGAAGUGGGGCCCCCGCAGAGAAGAGGUGAAGUUCUUUCUACGUCAUGAGGAAUUCCCAGCAGAGGGCAAUGAUCAGACCGUCCGUCAAGCCCCUAACCAGAGAAAUAGUCUGACCGGUGAAAAACGCAUUGAAAAUGGGGUGGGGAACCCGCGUGUGGAGCUGACUCUGACAGAGCUGCAAGACAUGGCCAGCCGCCAACAGCAACAGAUCGAGAACCAGCAACAGAUGUUGGUGGCCAAGGAGCAGCGCCUGCGGUAUCUAAAGCAACAAGAGCGCCGUCAGCUGCAGACUGUCUCAGAGACUGAAAAACUUCAAAAGCUGAAGGAGAGAGUGGAAACGCAGGAGAGCAAACUGAAGAAGAUCCGAGCCAUGAGAGGACAGGCGGACUACAGCAAAGUCAUGAAUGGAAAUAUAUCUGCUGAGAUUGAGCACAUCAGUGACGUGUUCCAGGAGAAGCAGCAGGAGCUGCAGGCUGCAGUGCAAAAAGUGGAGCAACUCACGCAGCAGCUGGAAGACCUGCGGAAAGGGAAGUUGAAUGGAUUCCAGACCUACAAUGGGCAGAUGACGGGGCCUGCUGCACUGGAGCUGAAGAAGCUGUAUCAGGAGCUUCAGAUCAGAAACCGCCUUAACCAGGAGCAGAACACAAAGCUCCAGCAGCAAAAAGAGUUAUUAAACAAGCGCAAUAUGGAGGUCGCCAUCAUGGAUAAGCGUAUAAAUGAACUGCGCGAGCGGCUCUACAAGAAAAAAGUUGAGGCACGUCAAAAAGAGAACAUUCCCUUGAAUCGCAUCAAUGGGGCACCGUCUCCUCAGUCUACGUUGGCAUCUGGGCGAGUCGCUGCUGUGGGCCCUUACAUCCAGAUUCCGAACACAGUAAAUUAUACCCUGCCUGCUGACCCAGUGAAACCUCAGUCCUUGUCUCUUGCCGCUACUGGAACACACACCCGCUCGAAGUCUGAGGGAGACGGUGAGUGUGUGAAAAAAUCUCCAGGUCCUUGGAAGGUUUCAGAUUUAGACAUUAUGGUGGAUCCCAUGCUGUCAUCUCCCAAUUCCUCUCUUCAGUCUUCUGAUCUCAUCCAUCAGGCACCUGAACUCUCUGACAGUCUAAACACCAGUGACUCCACCUGGCCUGCACUGAAACAGAAUGCGAUGUCUGUGGUUAAAACACCGCCACUUGGCACUUCCGACUGGAAGGAAUCCAAUAUGGAAACUGGAUUUAAAACCGUGCCAAUAUCAAGCCAGCCCUUACCGUCUGCCGCAGUGGGGCCCACUGAGAAGCUGUCUACAGAUGGCGGGAAGUUGCCCUCUCCAAUCCCAGGAUUGAGUAAGACGCUGCCACACAAUUACGGCAUGUACCAGGGACCUCUUCCCUUGAGUGCUACAAAUUCUUUGGAGAGGAGAAAAGAUGGAAGCUUGACCAGACCCGGCUCUGGACCCACAGCCCGUACACGUCCACUUCCUUUACCUCCCCCAAGUAAUGCCCACCUUCCAGGCUCCUCCCAGCAAAUCCAGCAGAGGAUUUCUGUCCCUCCCAGCCCUACCUACCCACCCUCCUCUUCCCCCUUGUUUCCUGGAACAGACACUAGACCUGACCCCCCCUUAACUGUGGCUAUUCGACCUUUUCUGGCCGAAAAGGGAUCCCGGCCACAGUCACCUAGGAAAGGACCACAGACCGUAAACUCCAGUUCUAUUUAUUCUAUGUACCUUCAACAAUCAACGCCACCAAAGAACUAUCAACAAGCUGUAUAUAACACCCUCAACAAAUCUGUGAAAGCAGUAUAUGGCAAACCAGUCGUCCAGUCUGGAUCGUCCAAUUCCUCCCCACUCCCUUUCCUACAUAAUGCACAGGCUCAGGGUGGAGAAAAAGAGGGUGAAGUGGAUGGCAGUGUUCCAACCGGGGAAGGCAAUGGAGUGGAAAACAUCCCUCGUCCCCUUAGUCCAACCAAGCUGACCCCCAUAGUUCACUCCCCUCUGAGGUAUCAAAGUGAUGCUGACUUGGAGGCUCUUAGGAGAAAACUUGCCAAUGCACCAAGACCUUUAAAGAAGAGGAGUUCUAUAACUGAGCCUGAAGGUCCGAGUGGCCCCAACAUACAGAAAUUGCUGUACCAGCGUUUCAAUACCUUGGCUGGGGGCAUGGAAGUUCCACCUUUCUACCAGCAGUGCAACCCGCAAGAGCAUGUCGGCGUGUCAGCCGAUGUGGACAAUGGUAACGCGGGCACUAAUGGUAACGUGGAGGAGGCAGGUUCUUUACAGCCACCCAUUCCUCCCCCUGCAUCGCUCGUUCCUCUGCCACCAGCACCCGAACCACAAGUCUCCUCAGAUGACAAUGACAACAAGGUCUGCUCACCUAUCACAGAGGAACUGGUCAGCAGCGAGAUUAUUAACCAGAUUUCAGAUGCAACUGAAGACAAUAAUAAUAAUCCAGCUAUAGUCUCUUCCAAUGAGAAGACGCCAAGCCCAAUACUUGAAGAAGCAUCUCCAGUCAAAGAGGAGGCACCAGCACCAGCCACUGUGCCGCCACAGAGGCCUUCUGUGAAACGCACUAAUCUGAAGAAGCCAAAUUCUGAGCGCACUGGACAUGGAUUACGUGUGAAGUUCAACCCCCUGGCUCUGCUGCUUGAUGCGUCCCUGGAAGGGGAGUUUGACCUGGUCCAGAGGAUCAUAUAUGAGGUGGAAGAUCCCAGCAAGCCCAACGAUGAGGGAAUCACUCCUCUGCACAACGCCGUGUGCGCUGGGCACCAUCACAUUGUCAAGUUCUUGCUGGACUUUGGUGUUAAUGUGAACGCGGCUGACAGCGAUGGCUGGACUCCUCUACACUGCGCAGCCUCCUGUAACAGCGUCCACCUGUGUAAGAUGCUGGUGGAGUGCGGGGCGGCCAUCUUUGCCACCACCAUUAGUGACACCGAGACGGCCGCUGACAAAUGUGAAGAGAUGGAAGAAGGAUACAUCCAAUGUUCACAGUUUCUCUAUGGUGUUCAGGAGAAAUUGGGGGUAAUGAACAAAGGACUGGUAUAUGCCCUGUGGGAUUUUGAAGCACAAAACGCUGAUGAGCUGCCCUUCCGGGAAGGCGACGCCGUUACAAUUCUGAGACGCAAAGACGACGCAGAGACGGACUGGUGGUGGGCGCGUCUUAAUGAAAAGGAAGGAUAUGUGCCUAAGAACCUUCUGGGGCUGUAUCCCCGGAUCAAACCUAGACAGCGAACCUUGGCUUGAACUCUGAAAGCCUGGAAUUUCCUACAUACACUGGAAGGAAAGGCACACCAAGCUAUAAACAUUUCAUGGACCAUCAGCGGAUCUGAUCCGCAAUCUGCAGAACUGCAGACAUUAGAAGUACAGUGUGUUCUGUGAUGUAUUCUACCCCCUCCCCCCUCCUGGGUCAUUUACAGGCUUGAGCGUUCAUACAAUCUGCUCAUGGACUCUGCAGGACUAUUUUUGGAUCGGACUCACCAGGGUGCAACUGUGGAGACGUGACACUGUCCUCCGGUACCGCACAACGUCCCCGGUGUAAAUAGUUAAUUCUGCCCGCUUUCCUGCCAGUAAUGUUAUAGUGCCAGUGCAUAGAGUAAAGGCCGGACCCCAUACCAUCACCCACAUAGGGCACUUACAUCUCAGGCGUUUUCCGUUGUGUGUGUGUGUGAUGGUCAUUGUGGGUCUGUUUAGCACAUUUCCAAAAAGGGUGUUUUUUUUGUGUGUUUUUUGUCAUUUUCAAACCAGAAGUGUGUAAUGAAAAGUUUAGUUUUCAGCACUUGGGAGAUGCCGGUGUGGUGGGAUUGGUAAGUAGACGAAUGCCUGAGACAGGGUAGUGAUGGAGGAGAGAGAGUGAAGUAUAAGCGGGUUCAUUGCACAAAGUGUUGUAUAGAGAGGACAGGAAGUGAGAGGUUAUGAAGGCCGCAGAGUGAUGUGUGUUUUUAUGUUGGUGAUGGAAGUUGUGAUGGAAGUUGUAAGUCGGGGGGGAGUAGAUUACUGUUUGCACUUUUCACGUCUAGAAGAAAGUUAUUGGACGUUAUUUGCUAGCACUGUGAGGAGAGCCAUCCCCUGCCGUAACGCAUAGCAACGUUCAUUAGCCAAAACCAAAUUGACCGGUUGCUAUGGGUUACUGCUUUGUUGUGUCUGCUCUCUUAAAGGCCUUUUCCACAUUAAAUGUUUAG